AUGAACACUCAGACGCCUGGCGGAAAAAGUCUACUGGAAUACAUUCCUAGCAUUGCUGAGACCCCGGGAUGCCUAAAUGGGGCUCAAACGUUGCUGAAAAUUCUUCGACAGCUCACAACGGGUUUUACCCUUCUUGGGGCUCAUCAGGUGCAGUCUCUGAGUUUCUGUAAACCUUACGUUUCAUUUGAAGUCAAGUUGCACCUGAAAGAUUCGGUAAUGGCGGAACAUAUACCAGACAUGGGACACAAAAUAGAUUUAGAAAAUGCUAAGGUUCUGAGGCGAGGACUACGGUCCACGUAA